AUGGCAAGAAAAAUUCCAGUCAGCGGGCCUUUGAUGCAAGAACGCGCUCUUUCCUUCGCAAGCGAUCUCGGAGUUGACGACUUCAAAGCAUCGAAUGGCUGGUUGGACAGUUUUCGAAAGCGUCACAACGUUGUAUUUAGUAUGACUGGCGAAAGCGGUGACGUGAAUAAUGAAAUUGUCGAACAAUGGAAAGAUAAAUUACCAUCACUACUAGAUGGCUAUGAACCCAGAGACAUUUAUAACAUGGAUGAAACUGGACUUUUCUACCGGGCGACUAUGAAUAAAACUUUAUUUGUGAAAGGCGAACAGUGUCGUGGUGGAAAGAAAUCUAAAGAGAGACUGACAGUCAUGUUAUGUGCAAACAUGGUAGGCGAUAAAGAGAAGCCAUUAGUUAUCGGAAAAUCCACCAAGCCACGCUGCUUUAAAAACAUCAAGUCAAAGAAUUUAUCUGUUGAUUAUUACGCUAAUAAAAAGGCAUGGAUGAACUCGAAAAUAUUUGAAGACUGGCUUUGCAAAUUUGAUCGCAAGAUGAGACGCCAAGGAAGAAAAAUAUUGCUCUUUGCCGAUAAUGCGCCAUCACACCCAACGAUCAACCUCAAGAACAUUAAACUUCAAUUUUUACCAGCCAACACUACGUCUAAAUCACAACUGAUGGAUCAGGGGAUUAUUCAAACUACGAAGCUGAAAUACAGAAAACGUCAGCUCCGUCACAUCGUAUGA